UCAGGCGCCGUACAAAUUCCGUUAUGUGUGCGGCGCGGAGGAAGUGUACGUAAGCAGGAACGAGACACCGAGAUGGCGUGGGAUUACAGGUUCAUUGAUUUAAAGCAGGCCAGAAAUUUGAGAAGGGGUAGCUUUCUCAAGAUGGAGAAAAGUGAGGCCGACCAGUCGUCCAUGAAUACCCAGGAGACAACAGGUUCUUCGAGGGUCGAGGUUAAGCGAACGAUCUCGCUCUUUAGCGGGGUGUGCAUCAACCUGGGCAUCAUCAUCGGCUCGGGGAUCUUUGUCUCGCCGAAGGGGGUGCUAAGAGGCGCGGGCUCUGUGGGGCUGUCCCUGGUCCUGUGGGUCGUCUGCGGCGUGUUCUCGCUGCUGGGCGCUUUGUGCUACGCCGAGCUUGGCACGACUUGGCCUUCCUCCGGCGGGGCCUACGCCUACUUGAAGGCCAUCUACGGCGACCUGGUGGCUUUCCUUCUGAUGUGGACCGCGAUCCUGAUGGUUCAGCCGUCGUCUUUUGCCGUGGUGGCCUUGACGUUCGGUAACUACUGCCUACAGCCUCUCUACCCGGACCCCACCUGCCCACCGCCACAGAUCAUGCCUCAGCUCCUAGGAACUCUUGUAAUAUUGCUACUGGGAAUGACCAACGUGUUGAGUACCCGCCUGUCCACGUUCGUCCAAAACUUUUUCUCCGUCUGCAAGGUGGUCGCACUGGUCAUCAUCAUAGUCACCGGUAUCGUGCAGUUGAUUCAAGGCGAGACGCGGAAUUUCGAGAAUGCUUUUGAAGGCUCCACUUUUUCCGGGCUUGGGAACGCGCUGUUUUCCGGACUUUUCUCAUACGCGGGCUGGUCCAGUUUGAAUAUCGUAGUGGAAGAGUUGAAAGAUCCAAACAAAAACCUUCCGCGAGCAAUCUACAUUACCGUAUUUUCUGUGACCAUCAUUUACACCUUUGCCAAUGUGGCCUAUUUCACAGCAAUGACGCCGCAGGAGCUGCUGACUUCGAACGCGGUCGCAGUGACCUUCGGCAGCAAGGUAUUGGGCCAGUUUGCCUUGAUCAUGCCAAUCGCCGUGGCGCUGUCCACCUUCGGCUCCGUCAAUGGCAACAUGCUUACCUCCACAAGGAUCUUUUACGUCGGUGCCCGAGAGGGGCACCUCCCUUCGCUACUGUCGAUGAUCCACAUCGAAUUCCUGACUCCUCUUCCGUCCAUCGUCGUAACGGUCAUCCUGUCUGUAAUUUACACCUUCUCCAAUGACAUCUACACCCUGAUUAAUUUCCUCAACUUCGUGCAGUGGACGUCGGGUGGAGCCGUUGUGGCGGGAAUGAUCUGGCUUCGCUACAAAGAGCCCGACAAGCCACGCCCCUUCAAGGUCAACAUCAUUAUAGCCGUCCUGUUUGUGUUGGCGGCCAUCUUUCUCAUCAUCAUGGGGACCAUCAACUCGCCGAUCAACACCGCCAUAGGGGUCGGCAUCAUGCUGACAGGGAUACCAGUUUAUUUCCUGCUGGUCUACCCGAAACGCUUACCCGGAUGUCUGACUCGAAUACAAGACGCCGUGACAGCAUGGUUCCAGAGGCUUCUGCUGGUCGUCAAGGAGGAAAGAGAACGGGAAUAGACUGGGAAGAACUGACUGCAUGGUUAUUCCUGGCGGAAGUUCAGAUUUAUGUAUUCACCUACCAACUACGUUCUUCCUCGCCGUCUGUAGCCCUGGUGUGUUGAUGCAGAUCUGGCCAGUUUUAGUUCAUUCCGAUACAAGACAGGGCUUUGUAGUACACUGAUCAUUGUACAUGUAUUUAGUUUUAUUUAAAGGACCACAUAAAAAACGGUGGGUGUCUUGUUUGUGCAGCUGAUUUGUUCCAAAACGAAAAUGUUCAAUUAUUUGAUAUAAUUUAGUAUUUGCAUCCAUCCCACAGAUCAGACUGCUAAAAAUCCCCUUGAAAUGAAAACUUCAAUGAUGUCAAUGAAAUAUCCAAAAUAUAUUUUAAAAAAUAGUCUUUCUACUUUCGAUUUAAUUGGUGGUUAUCUGCAAGUUAUAUUUCAGCCACUGAGUUUCACAAGUAGCCAUCAUUUUGUCCAUUUUAUGAAAGUAGAUUGAACCUCAUUAUAGUUCGCAUCUGCAUAUAUACGAAGUUUCCUUUGUCUCUAAGUAACUGCACAUCGCCGUGUACUAAUUUAUCCCAUUUCACAAUUUUGUUAACACGCUUUUCGAGAUACAAGUAUACAUUUGCAAACCUUGACAAAUUCCUUGCAUACCGAAGCACAAAAACAUUAACACUGUCGAAAUUCGUUUUAUUCCCACAUCAACACCACUUGAAGCCAUUUAAUUGUUAAAAAUGCAUUGUGCAAACUAUAUAAGGUUACCAAACUACGACUAUUUAAGUGCACAUGUUCGUGGAAUACAAAAGAUCGUGCAGGACUCCAGACGUCGCUGUCUCGUUCGUUUUCGUUAUCUGGGUAACAAAACUGUCUCCAAUACAGACAACGACGUCAGACACACAUAAAAGUUAAAAAGAAAUAAAAAGAAAUGUACACAGUUCGUGUACAUUUCAUUGGCAUUGGGGCGUAGAGAGGUCGCUUCUUUUGUGCUAUUCACAGUACAUUCAAUUGUUUGGCAUAUUGUAAGCGAAACGAAAUCCUAACAGUAAAGCAACACCAACUACAGUCACUGAAUUUUAUAACCGUGCCAUGAUCAAUAAUUGUGAAUUAAACAAAUCAACCUGGAAACAAACCAGCAAACAACAGCACUCAUUGUGACUCGUUUCACGAGCUAUAUCGUCCGCUACGUGGUCGCUAUCCGGUUCGUACAUGUGACUUCGUCACAAAGGAGGACGCGCCACGAUUUGCAGGCUCCCAUUGGACAAUCGCUGACGUUGCGCGUUAACUUCCGGUUCCAUGGUUCCAUGUUAACGGCGAUCAUUGCAUUAACUCUGUGCAUGCAGUGCAUGUGCAGUGGGCGUGGUUUAAACUGAAGUGACGUCACACUUACGAAUCGGUUAGAGCAUACACUAAUUGUGCGCGUGGCAUAUUCACUUCGGUACUCUAUUAACAAUAAUUUUCUGAAAAUCUUCGCAAGACUUUAUGUGGAGUUGAUGCAGUACUGAGUUGAAGCUCCACAAUGAAGUAAAUACAUGUACAUACACAUCAAGAACUCUGCAAAUGAAAUGUAAGAUAAUCAUCGCAGAUUAAAGAACAUGAACAUCGUCAAUACGUACCUGUAUAUUACCAGCAGAAUACAGCACUGUGUUACUUAAUACAAACUCCAUACUAUGCACAGAAUACAUUUGAGGUUCCAUGAUGACUGACUGUCACAAGUCAUAUUUUUCAGUCUUAGAUUAAAUAAUACAUUAUGCAUGAUUUAAUUUAUUACAGCUGCCUGGAAAUGGUUUCCGUUUUAUCACAGUAAAUUCCUGCUAACACGUACAUGUUCAGCAAACCGGGAGUCUCGAAAAUACGAAUUACAGCCAACAACCAAUGUCAGUCUGUCAUUGCCAGAGACAAGAUGGCUACUUACCAUCUACUUGACGCAGUUUUUCCCACAACUAGCUACUCGUGUGCACUACCGAGACCAAGCAAUUACAUGUAACUUACGUUCUUUUUUAUCGAGUGCAUGAUUUUCUAAUAAUUAUUACGACUACACUGCAAGCUGGAAAACAAAAGCGUGGUACAACUAGCACACCCCAAACAAAACAGUUUCUAAACUAAACCACUAAGACUGAAAUUUCUAAAUUC